GCCAAGCGCCUAGAUAACACAAGGUGUAAACGUGAAGAGAGCUGAACUUAUGUUCAAACUUAAGACUUACAACUUCCCUGAUAAAUCAGUCUAAGUUAUAGAAUAAUAAAUGUAGAUGAGCAAACGUAAAGUUGGCAUAAAAAAGACGUUUUGUGACUACAGAGCAUUUAUCUAAGGAAAACAAAAACAACACAGACGUAAUAUUCACUACGCCCAAGGUUGCUGAGAUUUGCAUAGAUAGAAAAAGAAAAAACUUUCAUCCGGUUGUUGCAUUUGUUAACCGGUUAACCGUAUAUUAUGAAAUAGCCAGUUAAUUAAUUUAUGAAAACAGGUUAUUCAAUUAACAGGUUAUUUUUAUCCAUCCCUAAUUGACAAUUGACACAUGACGUAUUUGAAUUGGUUUGGAUAAUUCAUACAUCUAUUGGCAUUGGCGAAUUCGUGUUCCUUUUCGUGGUAAUUUGGAUAGCGAGGCAAUUUGUACUGCAUCUUCUUUAAACAUAUUGUAGAAAUAGAGCAUAGAUCUUCGAUGAUUUUGUACUUGCCAUCAUAAGUCAGUAGAAAGGCUGUGUUGUGAUUUUAAUAGCCAGAUAUCGAAUGUCCUUUUGAAGAAUGCCCCCAAAAGCAAAACCCGCAGCUGCACCUAGCAAAAAAACCGAACAGAAAAAGAAGGAAAAGGUUAUUGAGGAUAAAACAUUCGGGCUCAAAAACAAAAAGGGUGCUAAACAACAGAAGUUCAUCCAACAAGUUGAAAAGCAGGUUAAAUCGGGUGGUCAACAUCCUCAAAAGGAAGACCUAAAAAAAUUAGAAAAAGAAAAGAAGCUAAAGGAACAAAAAGAACUUGCUGCACUCUUUAAACCUGUCCAGGGACAGAAAGUUGAAAAAGGUGCUGAUCCAAAAUCCAUAGUAUGUGCAUUCUUCAAACAAGGCCAAUGCGGCAAAGGCGAUAAAUGUAAAUUUUCACAUGAUUUAACAGUAGAAAGGAAGGCUGAAAAGAGGUCUAUGUAUGUGGAUAUGCGAGAUGGAGAAGAAGAAACUAUGGAAAACUGGGAUGAGGAAAAGCUGAAAGAAGUUGUUGAGAAGAAACACGGAGCAAAGUCGGGCAAGAUGCCUACCACAGAUAUUAUUUGCAAGCACUUCGUAGAUGCAGUGGAAAAAUCGAAGUAUGGAUGGUUUUGGCAAUGUCCAUCUGGUGAGAACUGUAUAUACAGGCAUGCUUUACCGCCGGGCUUUGUCUUGAAAAAGGAUAAGAAGAAAGAAGAUAAAGCGAAUGAGAUCACCUUGGAAGAACUCAUUGAAAAAGAAAGAGCAGCUUUGGGGCCCAAUCAGACAAAAGUUACUCUUGAGAGUUUCAUCGCAUGGAAAAAAAGGAAAAUUGAAGAGAAGAAAGAUCAGAUUAAAAAAGAUGAAGACAAGAAAAGAAGCGACUACAAAGCUGGCAGACAAGUUGGGCUUUCCGGAAGGGAGAUGUUCAGCUUUAACCCUGAUCUUGUUAAAGAUAACGAUAUGGAAGAUGGAGAUGAAUUAUUUGACUCGUCCGUUUAUGCUCAAGCAGAGGAAGAUGCCGACAACUAUAAGGAGAUUGAUUUUUCUAGCUUAAAUCAAGAAGCACAGGAGGUGGACGGCACGGGCACUGUAGCAACUGUUGACAGAUUCGACAGUGAAACAGCAGCCGCCUCAGCUCAACAAAAAUCGGAAAAUGCUGCGCCAGUACCAAUUAAUGAAAAUCUGUUCUUAGAAGAAGAUCUCGAUGGUUUAGAAGAAGAGUUGGAUAGCUUAGAUAUGGAAGAAUGAAUUCGUGCGUGUUUGAUUAAAAAAAGUGACAAUUUAAAAUUCGUUAAUGUUUGUAAAUAUGUACUUUUUAAACCAACUGGACAUGCUAAUUUUGCCGGAACAAACAACAUUGCAAAUAUUGAAGUUGCUCAGCAAUUGUUAUAAUAUUCCUUCAUUUUCAAUAUUGCGAAUUUUGUUUCGAAAAAUUUUAUAACAUGCAGAGUUGAUUAUGCGAAAUAAAAGAUUAUUAAUCUGAAAUGAAAUUUUGAAUGGG